AUGGGGGCGCCUGCCGGGAGGGAAGGGACUCGGACAGCACACCCUGAACACAGGGCAACAGCUCUGGAGGAGGAUCGUUGGAGGGGGCGUGCAAAGGGCGGUGGUCGGAGCCGCAGGACAGAGAGGGCCAAUACCAAGAGCGACCAGCACCAAAAUCGGCACUACACUAUGGUGUGCAGCGGGCCUGCUGCGAACGGAGGGUUCGUAUGCUCGGAUGCAGCAACCACGGGCGAGCGGGACCAGGCACGGAGGGUCGAUGGUGGUGGUGGCGCAAUGGGGAGGGGAUCGAGGGCGCAGCAGACGGACGUGUGGGUGUGGUGCUGCAGCGAAGGGGCGAUCUCGGGCGAGGUCGAAUGGUUCUCGAAGACAGCUAGCACUGCGAGGCUUGCGUGA